CUCUAUUUUAUACAAUAAAUUAUACUUUUAGUAAUUAUGCACAUAUUUUACCAAUAAACGAUUAUUCUAUUAGUAUACCAUUGGGAAUUAAUUUGUAGGUUAACGCGUCGUUCGCAGCCUACUUGUUACAUAAAAUAUAUUAUCCAACGAUCGAAUUUUGAUUUGAUAUUCCAAAUGCGGAAAUCACCUUGAUAGUGAAACGUUUAUCACGUAUCACCCGAAAGAAAUCGACUCAAUUUCGCCAUUUUUAACAAUUAGAAAUCGCCCGGGGGGUCGUAUAAAUAAUCAAUCCUCCAAACCAAACCAACUCAUUCAUCAGUAUCAAAUCAAUCAACAACAACAAACCACAAUGAAACUUCAAAUCGUACUCGCGAUGUUCGCCUGUUUCUCCGCUUCGAUCGAAGCCAGCGUGAUACCAGCACCUCCAGCUCUAAGGUAUACUCUAAUAGCACCUCAAAAUGUAAGACCUUUCGCCGCCCAAGUGAGCACCUUCACCAGAGGAUUGAACGUCCUGGAGGCUCCCCUGGCGGCCGGCGUGUUAAACCCGCCCGCCAUCUUUUCCAGAACCCUUCCAGCGGCUCCUUUGAUCGAAGCGCCCUCUUUACAUCCCCGCGGAGUCGCCGUUGGACCUUUCGCGAGUCCUCUAGGAGGUCUCGAGUAUGUUUAUUGAGGAUAUGUUUUAGGUGUGUUUGUUCAAUAAAAUGGUUUUUUUUUAUAGUACAUUCGUUUAUUUGGUAAUAAAUAAUAAUUUAGAGUACCUAAUGUUGCUCAUCUCGUGUAUAAAGCGCUUGCAAUGAAUCUUCUUCCAUGGGAUUCUUCAAUGGUCCAAGUGCAAACCUGG